AUGACAGUUGCCCGGAGCCUGGGGGCCAGGGCAGCCAGCCUUAGCUUCUUGCUCCUGCUUUGCUUCUGGCGGGACCCAGGUGUGGGAGCUAAGGAGCUGAAGUUUGUGACUCUGGUUUUUAGGCAUGGAGACCGAAGUCCCAUUGAUACCUUUCCUAAUGACCCCAUUAAAGAAACCUCAUGGCCACAAGGAUUUGGCCAACUCACUCAGAUGGGCAUGGAGCAACAUUAUGAACUUGGAGAAUAUAUAAGGAAAAGAUAUGGAAAGUUCUUAAAUGAAUCCUAUAAACAUCAACAGGUUUAUGUUCGCAGCACAGACAUUGACCGGACAUUGAUGAGUGCCAUGACGAACCUUGCAGCCCUGUUUCCCCCGGAUGGUAUUAGCCUCUGGAAUCCCAACCUGCCUUGGCAGCCCAUCCCAGUGCACACAGUCCCUCUUAUGGAAGAUCGGUUGCUAUUUCUGCCUUUCAAGAACUGCCCUCGUUUUCAAGAACUAGAGAGUGAGACUUUGAAAUCAGAGGAAUUCCAGAAGAGGCUGCAGCCUUACAAGGAUUUUAUAGAAACGCUGCCCAAACUUUCAGGAUACCAUGGCAAGGACCUUUUCAGUAUUUGGAGUAAAGUCUACGACCCUUUAUUUUGUGAGAGUGUUCACAAUUUCACAUUACCCUCCUGGGCCACAGCGGACACCAUGACUAAGCUGAAAGAAUUGUCAGAAUUGUCCCUCCUGUCCCUGUAUGGAAUUCACAAGCAGAAAGAGAAAUCCAGACUACAGGGGGGUGUCCUGGUCGGUGAAAUCCUCAAUCAUAUAAAGUCAGCAACUCAGCCAUGGAACCUCAGAAAGCUUAUCAUGUAUUCUGCACAUGACACUACUAUAAGUGGCCUACAGAUGGCGCUAGAUGUUUUCAACGGAAUCCUUCCUCCCUAUGCUUCCUGCCACAUAAUGGAAUUGUACCUUGAGAAGGGGGACUACUUCGUGGAGAUGUACUACCGGAAUGAGACUAACCAUGAGCCAUAUCCCCUCACGCUGCCAGGAUGCACCCCCAGCUGCCCACUGACAAAGUUUGCUGAGCUGGUUGCACCUGUGAUCCCCCAAGACUGGACCACGGAAUGUAGACUCACAAGCAAGCAUGAAGUCCUACGGCUCAUCCUUGCCGUUGCCUUUUGCCUGGUGUCUGGUAUCCUAGUGGUGCUUCUCUUUACCCUCGUCCGUCAUGGACCCUGCUGGCCGAGAGGCUCCUAUCGGGACAUCUGA